AUGGCGGAGGGAGGAGCGGCUGACUUGGAUACCCAGAGAGGAGAGGUCGCGUUGCUGUUGAAAACACAGUUGCGAAAGGGAGACACUUGGUACCUAGUGGACAGUCACUGGUUCAAACAGUGGAAAAAAUAUGUGGGAUUCGAUAGCUGGGACAAAUACCAGAUGGGGGACCAGAAUGUCUACCCAGGACCUGUGGAUAACUCAGGCCUUCUCAGAGAUGGAGAUGUGCUGGCCAUUAAGGAACACCUCAUCGAUGAGCUUGACUACAUCCUGGUACCCACAGAAGGCUGGAACAAGCUAGUCAGCUGGUAUGGAUUGACAGAGGGUCAGGAGCCAAUCUCACGCAAGGUGGUUGAACAGGGGAUGUUCGUCAAACACUGCAAAGUGGAGGUGUACCUAACGGAGUUGAAGCUGUGUGAGGACAGCAACAUCGACAAUGUGGUCACCAGGCGCUUCAGCAAAGCCGACACAAUAGAUGUGAUUGAAAAGGAGAUGAGGAAGCUGUUCAGCAUCCCAGAUGAAAAGGAGACCAGGCUAUGGAACAAGUACAUGAGCAACACCUUUGAGCCUCUCAACAAACCUGAGAGCACCAUCCAAGACGCUGGCCUCUACCAGGGACAGGUUCUAGUAAUAGAACAGAAGAAUGAGGAUGGAACGUGGCCCCGGGGCUCCACAGCACCAAAGUCAUCUGGUGCUUCCAAUCUCUCUGCUUUGCCAAAGAUCUCGCCUUCAUCUCUUACAAACAAUCAUAACAGCAGCUUCAACAGCAGGAAUGUAAAGAACUCCAGCUACGGUCUCCCAUCCUACCAUCCUUACAGCACUAGCUAUGACUACUCAGACCAGGGCAGACAGAGCGAGCACUCUGGCCUCUGUGGCCUAUCUAACCUGGGAAAUACCUGCUUCAUGAAUUCUGCAGUGCAGUGUUUAAGCAAUAUCCCUCCGCUGACGGAGUACUUUCUCAAAGACAAGUACACAGAUGAGCUAAAUGAGGACAACCCGCUGGGCAUGAAGGGUGAGAUCGCCAAGGCCUACGCCGAGCUCAUCAAGCAGGUGUGGUCAGGCAAAUACAGCUACGUCACCCCCAGGCCUUUCAAGACGCAGGUGGGCCGUUUUGCCCCCCAGUUCUCUGGCUACCAGCAGCAGGACUCCCACGAGCUGCUGGCCUUUCUCCUGGAUGGCCUCCAUGAGGAUCUUAACCGCAUCAGGAAAAAGCCCUACAUCCAGCUCAAGGAUGCUGAUGGCAGGCCUGAUAAGGUGGUAGCAGAGGAGGCAUGGGAGAACCAUAUCAAGAGGAACGACUCCAUCAUCGUUGACAUCUUCCACGGCCUCUUCAAGUCUACCCUUGUGUGUCCUGUCUGCGCCAAGGUGUCUGUGACCUUUGACCCCUUCUGCUACCUGACCCUGCCACUACCAAUGAAAAAGGAGCGUACGCUGGAAGUUUACCUGGUCAGGCUGGACCCUGUGACCAAACCCACACAGUAUAAGUUGACUGUGCCAAAAGUGGGCUACAUCUCUGACCUGUGUACCUCCCUCUCUAACCUGUCAGGGGUGCCUGCCGAAAAGAUGAUCGUAACAGACAUCUACAAUCAUCGCUUCCACCGGAUCUUCGCCACCAAUGAGAACCUGAGCAGCAUCAUGGAGAGGGACGACAUCUAUGUCUUCGAGGUGGCAGUGAACAGGCUGGAGGACACAGACCACGUUGUUCUCCCCGUGCACCUGAGGGAGAAAUACAAGCAGUCGGGCUACAACCACACCAGCACGCCGCUGUUUGGACAGCCCUUCCUUGUCACAGUCCCCAGAACCCUCAGCGAAGACAAGUUAUACAACAUGCUGCUCCUACGCCUCUGCCGAUUUGUGCACUCAGGUGUGGAGGAUGAGGAUGAGGAGUGUGAUGAAACACCCACCUCCAAACAACACACCGUCAAUGGCAACACCACCAAUGGACUCCUGGAAGAGGGAUCACCUAGUGAGAUGGAGACUGACGAGCAGGACGAUGAGUCCAGUCAGGACCAGGAGCUGCCCUCUGAGAAUGACAACAGCCAAUCAGAGGACUCGGUGGGUGGGGACAAUGAGCUGGAGAAUGGCGUGGUUGGUCCAGAGAACUCCACCAAAGGCCACCAGACAACUGGGCACAACAAAAAGAGACUCUUUACAUUCCAGUUCAACAAUAUGGGCAAGACAGACUUCUCCCUCAUUAAGGAAGAUAGCAGGCAGAUCCGCUUUGAUGAGGGACACCUCCGACUCAGUGAUCGUUCCUAUCUCUCCUUGGACUGGGAGCCUGAGAUCAAGAAGAAAUACUUUGAUGAGAGUGUUGUGGAGGACUUUGACAAGCAUGAGAGCAUGGAGUACAAACCUCAGAAGAAGGUCUUCUUCAAGCUGAAGGACUGCAUCGAGUUGUUCACCACUAAAGAGAAACUAGGGGCGGAGGACCCAUGGUACUGUCCAAACUGUAAGCAGCACCAACAAGCCACUAAAAAGUUGGACCUGUGGUCCCUGCCACCUGUGCUGGUGGUCCACCUGAAACGCUUCUCAUACAGCCGCUACAUGAGGGAUAAGCUGGACUCCUUGGUCGACUUCCCUCUCAGAGAUCUGGACAUGUCCGAGUUCCUGAUCAACCCUAAUGCGGGGCCCUGUCGCUACAACCUCAUCGCUGUGUCCAACCACUACGGAGGGAUGGGUGGCGGCCACUAUACAGCAUAUGCCAAGAACAAAGAUGACGACAAAUGGUACAACUUUGAUGACAGCAGCGUGUCUCCUGCCAGUGAAGAUCAAAUAGUGUCCAAAGCAGGCUAUGUGCUGUUCUAUCAACGCCAGGACACGGUGAAAGGAACUGGCUACUUCGCUCUGGACCGUGAAGAAGAGGAGGAGGAGGAGGAUGACGAGGACGAGGAGGGAGAAGAGGAUGAAGAGAAUGGCGGGGACGAGAGGCAGGAGAGAAAGAGCACCUCCUCAACCCAGGGAGCCAGUGCCGCCUCCUCCUCCACUGGUGUGGCCCUCCAGAGCGACGAAGAGGACCUCAACGAGAACUGGCGCAGGAAGAACGACAAUGAAAAAGACGAGGAAGAAGAUGAAGGGGAGGAGGAACAGGCGACCAAUAGAGACGUCGCAAUGAAAACCAACUGAGGGCCAGAGGAGAAGCGGGGGGACAGAAUAAAUGGAGAGAGGGAGAGAGAGAGAGAGAGCAACUUGAGAUCUUUCCAUCCAAAGCCAUAUGGACGCACAGCACGGCAGCAGGGCCCCACCACUCCUGACCAGCCGGCCCAACCCAGCUGGCCAGCAGGGGGAGCCACUGCGGGCUGGAUGACUGUUAGGACAGGGAGCUGCUGUGGUACACUGACAAGCAAUCAGGGCCCUCCUUUGUGGUUCGAUCACUGUGUGCGUGCGUGCGUGUGCGUGUGUGUUCUGUGUUAGAGUGAGUCGCCAUAUCCAUUUAUUUCUUUUUAUAAAUAACCACCUCCCCCACUUUGCCCUCUAAAAAUCAACAAAAGAAAUAGCCUCUCUGGAAAAACCAAGUCACUGAAUUACAUCAGGGGUUUGAUUUUUAGGCGUUGCAGUGCUUGAAAAACAUUCAAGAAUCGAUUCUUGGAAUGUUGGCGUUGGUGGGGCGCCCAAAACCUCCCGUCACCGUUCGUUUCUGCCCUUUUUAUAAUUUGGAGAGCACUGCAUUGUUUGCAUAUCAUUUUACCAUUGUUUAUGUUAUCAUUUAGGCCGAGUAAAUAUUUCAAACACUGAAUUAUACUGAGUUUUACAUGAUGCGCUGAAACCUUAUUUAGAGACUUGUUGCACAAUCACCAACCCCCCCCCCCUCACGUCAUUUGUUUUCUUAAAUAGAAACGUAUUAGUGCCAGAUGUACUGCAGUUGUUUUACAGUUAUUGUCAAUGUGGUGUUCUCAUGUAAAAAAAUGCUUUUAAAGCUGCCUUUAUAAACCAGCGGGGAGUUGCAUCUACAGCUAGAUUUUUAGUUAGGAAUCACAUCCAUUUCUUUUUAAAAAAUUUUUUUUUAUAUAAUGUCAAACAGCCAAACUAUCUUAGCUAUGUAUUGCUGCUGCUACCUUUACUAUCUUGCUUUUAUUUUUAUUUUUUUAAAUUAUUUUUAGAGACAAAAAUCAAUGUAUUAAUGAAGACUUCAGCAUUUUAAGGUCCUGAGCUUUCCCUCCCUGGUCUCUUCAGCUGAUAUAUUUCUAUAGAUUUCUUUUUCCCACCGUCAUCAGAGAGCAAAUAAAAGCAGGAUGUAGAGGAAACCCUGGACAACUUUUCCAAAAUAGCCACAAUGCAGUUGAUUGUCAGAAUAAUUGAAAAGGGAUAUAGUGGACAUGUUUCCGAAGGUCUUUGUGUGCAUCUGUACGAGUGCACUUUUUUUCCUUUUUUUUUUUUAACUAGCUCUGCAAAGUUCACAGUUUGACGCAAUUAAAAUCCACUGGAAAUUAGCUAAAUACCUCAUAGAUCCUGCUUCUGAAGUCCUCUCAUGGCUUUUACCUCUUUAGGUUGUAGAUGAUGUCAAUAGCUUUACCAGAACUUUUCUUCCCCUACCUUAUUUUUAUUCUCUCUUUCUCUCUCUCUUUUUCUCUCUCUCUCUCUCUCUCUCUCUCUCUCUCUCUCUCUCUCUCUCUCUCUCUCUCUCUCUCUCUCUCUCUCUCUCUCUCUCUCUCUCUCUCUCUCUCUCUCUCUCUCUCUCAUCUAUACACACAGACAUCAUUCUUGAGGCGCUGUGAGAUUAAGAACAUCGGUGAUUAUGUUGACAUCAGAUGAAUCAUCUGUUUGGAUCACCUCGGCCUUAAAUCUUAAUCUCGGGACUAGUCGCCUUUUCUUUGCACACAGUUAUCACAAAGUCUGUCUCACUUGACCCUUUCCACGCAUAGCCCAGACGCACACAACCACACAACCGAUGUGCAAAAACGCACACACACACACACACAUACACACAAAGUCCGUAUUAUUGUGACGUUCUGCUCGUUACAUCGUCGCCAGUUGAGCCUGAAAACAAGGUUUCUCAUCCACAAGAGGGCCAGAAUGUAUGCCGAAUGGACUGACUUGAACAGAUGCGUGUGUGUGUGUGGUUGAUGCCUUUUGAUUCAUUAUAGGGCCAGGAGUAAUAAUAAUAAUUAUUAUUUGCCUCCACUUCUUGCUUUGGUCGAUUGU